CUCAAGCUUUCCAAAGAAGCAAUCCAGAGAUUUCUAGAUAAACUAAUUUCCAAUUCUACCCUAACAGUUCAAAUACUUACUCCAACGCCGUCGGCUGCCAAUGAUUUCUUCGACCACGGCAUCGUCUCCGCCGGCGAGUCCCGGCGAUCCGAAGGCCCAAACGAUGGCGAGGUCGCCGGAGAGGUCCGGCUAUUUGAGGAAAAGUAUGACGACAUUGUCCACGGAGGUGAGUGCCGGCGAUUUGAGGGUAAACAUGACGGCAAGGUCUCCUGAUGCGAGAGCGGACGAUUUGAGUGCCGGAACGAUGGGAACGUCCCCAGGGGUGACUCCGAUCCUCCAGACCAAGCGGGGAAAGUGCCACAUGGUCGAGAACACUGCUGGGAGUGAGGAAGGACCAAAAACCAUGCCCUCUGGCAAAUUGAGUGGAAUUCGCAAAUCUGAGAGGCUGAGAAAUCAACCCAAGAGAAAACCUUUUUCUGAUCUCACCAAUGGCUUGGCCCCCGCUUUCGGCUCAUUUCCAUCGUCUAUCCCAGAUGUCGCCUUAACUAAACCCCCUUCUAGUGUUAUCUCCAAUGCUGCUAAGAACAAGAAGGUCCAAAAUCUCUGGCCCACUUCCACGUUGCGUGGCAUUUCAAGUGAUUCAGAUCUUGUCAAGGACCAAACAUGUUCCACACCACACACACAACAGAGACCAACUGAAAAGGAUUAUAAGGGGAAGUCUUUGGCAGUUGCAUCAAGCUCAGAUUGCACUCAAUUAGGAAGAACUAGUAGCAUGAGGCUGAAGUUAGAGAGUGCACGUGUUGAUCAUCGUCAGGCAAAGUCCUUUUCAGUUCCUCUUGGGAAACCCAAGAAGAAGCCCCGGAUUAGAGUGCCUGAAGCCAUUAAAAAACCAGUAUUGCCUCAAGAUUUUGUUGAAAAACAGAAAGCCUACUUUGCGGAGAUCGAUGCUUUUGAACUUCCAGAGGAGGUUGUAUCAGAGAGUGAAUUGGAAUAGCAGGAUAAACAUUGAGGGACUUGUAGAUUACUAACAGUAAACCCUCCUGUUACUAGGUCCAGUUAGCAUGUAAAUUUGGUGCAUAUACAGACUUCUUGCUGACACCCUUUUGUAAUUACAAUGCAACUAUUGACACGCAUGGAAAUAAAAUGACUUUCGUGGCAGCAUUUGUCA